AUGAUCACAAUCAGUCGGAAGAUUCGAAUAAAAUGCGUCAUCGGUGUGAUCAAUUUGAUUGAUGCGGUGAACAACAUUCAUAAUGAUAAUAAUAAUAAUAAUAACAAUAAUAAUAAUACAAAUACCAAUGGUACGGAUAGGAAAGAUAUCAUCAUCAUCAUCAUCAUCAUCAUCAUCAUCAUCAUCAUCAUCAUCAUCAUCAUCAUCAUCAUCAUCAUCAUCAUCAUCAUCAUCAUCAUCAUCAUCAUCAUCAUCAUCAUCAUCAUCAUCAUCAUCAUCAUCAUCAUCAUCAUCAUCAUCAUCAUCAUCAUCAUCAUCAUCAUCAUCAUCAUCAUCAUCAUCAUCAUCAUCAUCAUCAUCAUCAUCAUCAUCAUCAUCAUCAUCAUCAUCAUCAUCAUCAUCAUCAUCAUCAUCAUCAUCAUCAUCAUCAUCAUCAUCAUCAUCAUCAUCAUCAUCAUCAUCAUCAUCAUCAUCAUCAUCAUCAUCAUCAUCAUCAUCAUCAUCAUCAUCAUCAUCAUCAUCAUCAUCAUCAUCAUCAUCAUCAUCAUCAUCAUCAUAUCAUCAUCAUCAUCAUCAUCAUCAUCAUCAUCAUCAUCAUCAUCAUCAUCAUCAUCAUCAUCAUCAUCAUCAUCAUCAUCAUCAUCAUCAUCAUCAUCAUCAUCAUCAUCAUCAUCAUCAUCAUCAUCAUCAUCAUCAUCAUCAUCAUCAUCAUCAUCAUCAUCAUCAUCAUCAUCAUCAUCAUCAUCAUCAUCAUCAUCAUCAUCAUCAUCAUCAUCAUCAUCAUCAUCAUCAUCAUCAUCAUCAUCAUCAUCAUCAUCAUCAUCAUCAUCAUCAUCAUCAUCAUCAUCAUCAUCAUCAUCAUCAUCAUCAUCAUCAUCAUCAUCAUCAUCAUCAUCAUCAUCAUCAUCAUCAUCAUCAUCAUCAUCAUCAUCAUCAUCAUCAUCAUCAUCAUCAUCAUCAUCAUCAUCAUCAUCAUCAUCAUCAUCAUCAUCAUCAUCAUCAUCAUCAUCAUCAUCAUCAUCAUCAUCAUCAUCAUCAUCAUCAUCAUCAUCAUCAUCAUCAUCAUCAUCAUCAUCAUCAUCAUCAUCAUCAUCAUCAUCAUCAUCAUCAUCAUCAUCAUCAUCAUCAUCAUCAUCAUCAUCAUCAUCAUCAUCAUCAUCAUCAUCAUCAUCAUCAUCAUCAUCAUCAUCAUCAUCAUCAUCAUCAUCAUCAUCAUCAUCAUCAUCAUCAUCAUCAUCAUCAUCAUCAUCAUCAUCAUCAUCAUCAUCAUCAUCAUCAUCAUCAUCAUCAUCAUCAUCAUCAUCAUCAUCAUCAUCAUCAUCAUCAUCAUCAUCAUCAUCAUCAUCAUCAUCAUCAUCAUCAUCAUCAUCAUCAUCAUCAUCAUCAUCAUCAUCAUCAUCAUCAUCAUCAUCAUCAUCAUCAUCAUCAUCAUCAUCAUCAUCAUCAUCAUCAUCAUCAUCAUCAUCAUCAUCAUCAUCAUCAUCAUCAUCAUCAUCAUCAUCAUCAUCAUCAUCAUCAUCAUCAUCAUCAUCAUCAUCAUCAUCAUCAUCAUCAUCAUCAUCAUCAUCAUCAUCAUCAUCAUCAUCAUCAUCAUCAUCAUCAUCAUCAUCAUCAUCAUCAUCAUCAUCAUCAUCAUCAUCAUCAUCAUCAUCAUCAUCAUCAUCAUCAUCAUCAUCAUCAUCAUCAUCAUCAUCAUCAUCAUCAUCAUCAUCAUCAUCAUCAUCAUCAUCAUCAUCAUCAUCAUCAUCAUCAUCAUCAUCAUCAUCAUCAUCAUCAUCAUCAUCAUCAUCAUCAUCAUCAUCAUCAUCAUCAUCAUCAUCAUCAUCAUCAUCAUCAUCAUCAUCAUCAUCAUCAUCAUCAUCAUCAUCAUCAUCAUCAUCAUCAUCAUCAUCAUCAUCAUCAUCAUCAUCAUCAUCAUCAUCAUCAUCAUCAUCAUCAUCAUCAUCAUCAUCAUCAUCAUCAUCAUCAUCAUCAUCAUCAUCAUCAUCAUCAUCAUCAUCAUCAUCAUCAUCAUCAUCAUCAUCAUCAUCAUCAUCAUCAUCAUCAUCAUCAUCAUCAUCAUCAUCAUCAUCAUCAUCAUCAUCAUCAUCAUCAUCAUCAUCAUCAUCAUCAUCAUCAUCAUCAUCAUCAUCAUCAUCAUCAUCAUCAUCAUCAUCAUCAUCAUCAUCAUCAUCAUCAUCAUCAUCAUCAUCAUCAUCAUCAUCAUCAUCAUCAUCAUCAUCAUCAUCAUCAUCAUCAUCAUCAUCAUCAUCAUCAUCAUCAUCAUCAUCAUCAUCAUCAUCAUCAUCAUCAUCAUCAUCAUCAUCAUCAUCAUCAUCAUCAUCAUCAUCAUCAUCAUCAUCAUCAUCAUCAUCAUCAUCAUCAUCAUCAUCAUCAUCAUCAUCAUCAUCAUCAUCAUCAUCAUCAUCAUCAUCAUCAUCAUCAUCAUCAUCAUCAUCAUCAUCAUCAUCAUCAUCAUCAUCAUCAUCAUCAUCAUCAUCAUCAUCAUCAUCAUCAUCAUCAUCAUCAUCAUCAUCAUCAUCAUCAUCAUCAUCAUCAUCAUCAUCAUCAUCAUCAUCAUCAUCAUCAUCAUCAUCAUCAUCAUCAUCAUCAUCAUCAUCAUCAUCAUCAUCAUCAUCAUCAUCAUCAUCAUCAUCAUCAUCAUCAUCAUCAUCAUCAUCAUCAUCAUCAUCAUCAUCAUCAUCAUCAUCAUCAUCAUCAUCAUCAUCAUCAUCAUCAUCAUCAUCAUCAUCAUCAUCAUCAUCAUCAUCAUCAUCAUCAUCAUCAUCAUCAUCAUCAUCAUCAUCAUCAUCAUCAUCAUCAUCAUCAUCAUCAUCAUCAUCAUCAUCAUCAUCAUCAUCAUCAUCAUCAUCAUCAUCAUCAUCAUCAUCAUCAUCAUCAUCAUCAUCAUCAUCAUCAUCAUCAUCAUCAUCAUCAUCAUCAUCAUCAUCAUCAUCAUCAUCAUCAUCAUCAUCAUCAUCAUCAUCAUCAUCAUCAUCAUCAUCAUCAUCAUCAUCAUCAUCAUCAUCAUCAUCAUCAUCAUCAUCAUCAUCAUCAUCAUCAUCAUCAUCAUCAUCAUCAUCAUCAUCAUCAUCAUCAUCAUCAUCAUCAUCAUCAUCAUCAUCAUCAUCAUCAUCAUCAUCAUCAUCAUCAUCAUCAUCAUCAUCAUCAUCAUCAUCAUCAUCAUCAUCAUCAUCAUCAUCAUCAUCAUCAUCAUCAUCAUCAUCAUCAUCAUCAUCAUCAUCAUCAUCAUCAUCAUCAUCAUCAUCAUCAUCAUCAUCAUCAUCAUCAUCAUCAUCAUCAUCAUCAUCAUCAUCAUCAUCAUCAUCAUCAUCAUCAUCAUCAUCAUCAUCAUCAUCAUCAUCAUCAUCAUCAUCAUCAUCAUCAUCAUCAUCAUCAUCAUCAUCAUCAUCAUCAUCAUCAUCAUCAUCAUCAUCAUCAUCAUCAUCAUCAUCAUCAUCAUCAUCAUCAUCAUCAUCAUCAUCAUCAUCAUCAUCAUCAUCAUCAUCAUCAUCAUCAUCAUCAUCAUCAUCAUCAUCAUCAUCAUCAUCAUCAUCAUCAUCAUCAUCAUCAUCAUCAUCAUCAUCAUCAUCAUCAUCAUCAUCAUCAUCAUCAUCAUCAUCAUCAUCAUCAUCAUCAUCAUCAUCAUCAUCAUCAUCAUCAUCAUCAUCAUCAUCAUCAUCAUCAUCAUCAUCAUCAUCAUCAUCAUCAUCAUCAUCAUCAUCAUCAUCAUCAUCAUCAUCAUCAUCAUCAUCAUCAUCAUCAUCAUCAUCAUCAUCAUCAUCAUCAUCAUCAUCAUCAUCAUCAUCAUCAUCAUCAUCAUCAUCAUCAUCAUCAUCAUCAUCAUCAUCAUCAUCAUCAUCAUCAUCAUCAUCAUCAUCAUCAUCAUCAUCAUCAUCAUCAUCAUCAUCAUCAUCAUCAUCAUCAUCAUCAUCAUCAUCAUCAUCAUCAUCAUCAUCAUCAUCAUCAUCAUCAUCAUCAUCAUCAUCAUCAUCAUCAUCAUCAUCAUCAUCAUCAUCAUCAUCAUCAUCAUCAUCAUCAUCAUCAUCAUCAUCAUCAUCAUCAUCAUCAUCAUCAUCAUCAUCAUCAUCAUCAUCAUCAUCAUCAUCAUCAUCAUCAUCAUCAUCAUCAUCAUCAUCAUCAUCAUCAUCAUCAUCAUCAUCAUCAUCAUCAUCAUCAUCAUCAUCAUCAUCAUCAUCAUCAUCAUCAUCAUCAUCAUCAUCAUCAUCAUCAUCAUCAUCAUCAUCAUCAUCAUCAUCAUCAUCAUCAUCAUCAUCAUCAUCAUCAUCAUCAUCAUCAUCAUCAUCAUCAUCAUCAUCAUCAUCAUCAUCAUCAUCAUCAUCAUCAUCAUCAUCAUCAUCAUCAUCAUCAUCAUCAUCAUCAUCAUCAUCAUCAUCAUCAUCAUCAUCAUCAUCAUCAUCAUCAUCAUCAUCAUCAUCAUCAUCAUCAUCAUCAUCAUCAUCAUCAUCAUCAUCAUCAUCAUCAUCAUCAUCAUCAUCAUCAUCAUCAUCAUCAUCAUCAUCAUCAUCAUCAUCAUCAUCAUCAUCAUCAUCAUCAUCAUCAUCAUCAUCAUCAUCAUCAUCAUCAUCAUCAUCAUCAUCAUCAUCAUCAUCAUCAUCAUCAUCAUCAUCAUCAUCAUCAUCAUCAUCAUCAUCAUCAUCAUCAUCAUCAUCAUCAUCAUCAUCAUCAUCAUCAUCAUCAUCAUCAUCAUCAUCAUCAUCAUCAUCAUCAUCAUCAUCAUCAUCAUCAUCAUCAUCAUCAUCAUCAUCAUCAUCAUCAUCAUCAUCAUCAUCAUCAUCAUCAUCAUCAUCAUCAUCAUCAUCAUCAUCAUCAUCAUCAUCAUCAUCAUCAUCAUCAUCAUCAUCAUCAUCAUCAUCAUCAUCAUCAUCAUCAUCAUCAUCAUCAUCAUCAUCAUCAUCAUCAUCAUCAUCAUCAUCAUCAUCAUCAUCAUCAUCAUCAUCAUCAUCAUCAUCAUCAUCAUCAUCAUCAUCAUCAUCAUCAUCAUCAUCAUCAUCAUCAUCAUCAUCAUCAUCAUCAUCAUCAUCAUCAUCAUCAUCAUCAUCAUCAUCAUCAUCAUCAUCAUCAUCAUCAUCAUCAUCAUCAUCAUCAUCAUCAUCAUCAUCAUCAUCAUCAUCAUCAUCAUCAUCAUCAUCAUCAUCAUCAUCAUCAUCAUCAUCAUCAUCAUCAUCAUCAUCAUCAUCAUCAUCAUCUCAUCAUCAUCAUCAUCAUCAUCAUCAUCAUCAUCAUCAUCAUCAUCAUCAUCAUCAUCAUCAUCAUCAUCAUCAUCAUCAUCAUCAUCAUCAUCAUCAUCAUCAUCAUCAUCAUCAUCAUCAUCAUCAUCAUCAUCAUCAUCAUCAUCAUCAUCAUCAUCAUCAUCAUCAUCAUCAUCAUCAUCAUCAUCAUCAUCAUCAUCAUCAUCAUCAUCAUCAUCAUCAUCAUCAUCAUCAUCAUCAUCAUCAUCAUCAUCAUCAUCAUCAUCAUCAUCAUCAUCAUCAUCAUCAUCAUCAUCAUCAUCAUCAUCAUCAUCAUCAUCAUCAUCAUCAUCAUCAUCAUCAUCAUCAUCAUCAUCAUCAUCAUCAUCAUCAUCAUCAUCAUCAUCAUCAUCAUCAUCAUCAUCAUCAUCAUCAUCAUCAUCAUCAUCAUCAUCAUCAUCAUCAUCAUCAUCAUCAUCAUCAUCAUCAUCAUCAUCAUCAUCAUCAUCAUCAUCAUCAUCAUCAUCAUCAUCAUCAUCAUCAUCAUCAUCAUCAUCAUCAUCAUCAUCAUCAUCAUCAUCAUCAUCAUCAUCAUCAUCAUCAUCAUCAUCAUCAUCAUCAUCAUCAUCAUCAUCAUCAUCAUCAUCAUCAUCAUCAUCAUCAUCAUCAUCAUCAUCAUCAUCAUCAUCAUCAUCAUCAUCAUCAUCAUCAUCAUCAUCAUCAUCAUCAUCAUCAUCAUCAUCAUCAUCAUCAUCAUCAUCAUCAUCAUCAUCAUCAUCAUCAUCAUCAUCAUCAUCAUCAUCAUCAUCAUCAUCAUCAUCAUCAUCAUCAUCAUCAUCAUCAUCAUCAUCAUCAUCAUCAUCAUCAUCAUCAUCAUCAUCAUCAUCAUCAUCAUCAUCAUCAUCAUCAUCAUCAUCAUCAUCAUCAUCAUCAUCAUCAUCAUCAUCAUCAUCAUCAUCAUCAUCAUCAUCAUCAUCAUCAUCAUCAUCAUCAUCAUCAUCAUCAUCAUCAUCAUCAUCAUCAUCAUCAUCAUCAUCAUCAUCAUCAUCAUCAUCAUCAUCAUCAUCAUCAUCAUCAUCAUCAUCAUCAUCAUCAUCAUCAUCAUCAUCAUCAUCAUCAUCAUCAUCAUCAUCAUCAUCAUCAUCAUCAUCAUCAUCAUCAUCAUCAUCACCAUCAUCAUCAUCAUCAUCAUCAUCAUCAUCAUCAUCAUCAUCAUCAUCAUCAUCAUCAUCAUCAUCAUCAUCAUCAUCAUCAUCAUCAUCAUCAUCAUCAUCAUCAUCAUCAUGAUCAUCAUCAUCAUCAUCAUCAUCAUCAUCAUCAUCAUCAUCAUCAUCAUCAUCAUCAUCAUCAUCAUCAUCAUCAUCAUCAUCAUCGUUUACAGGUUUAG